AUGCCUUCACUUGCAGAAACGCUUGCUCAACUGGAGGAGGCGGCUCCCGUUGACUUUGAUCCCGAAGAUAUUCCUGAACUACCUCAAGUCGAUUCAGACCUAAACCGAGACCAUUACCUGGAUGUUGGUGCCAGUGCCUUGCGAAAAUCACAGGGCGUUGUUGCCCCCAAAUACGACGGCGUGAAAAUAUCCAGAAAACAACUUGAAGAAGAAGAGAGCGAUCCCGAGUCUGUCGACCCCGAUGAGAGUGUAAGAGAGGCAGAGGACAAUGGCGAUUCGGAAACUGAGAGCGAUACCGAACCUGCUGACAAGCUUACCUCAACGCUGCAAAGCACUCGGGAAGCGGAUCGCAACAAAGGCGCCGCAGUGGCGCGACAAAUAAGCAUUUGGGAAUCGCUGCUUGACGCUCGAAUUGGCCUACAGAAAGCGAGCACGGCAUCGCACAAACUGCCUUCUUCCUCACAGCUUGCUAGGUACUUGGAAAUCGAAGAAUGUCGGGAACCAUUGCAUCAUAUGCUGGAAGAGGUUUUUCUGCUUUCGGAUGAGUUGUUUGACCUUCAAGAGAAACUAUUACCAGACUCAGUUGUUCCGCCGCCCCGGAAGCGGCGUAAAAUUGAAGCAGACGCCUCGACAAUAAAUUUCUCGACAGAGUUGUACUCAGCCACCAGUGCCGCAACCGCCUUGGAACAUGCCUAUCAUCCUCACCUCGUUCAAACACUGAACAAGUGGUCAACUAAAAUUCAAGCUGUUGCUCCGUCUGCACUUCUACCCUCGAAUCGAAAUGCGUUCUCGUCACGUACUGGGCAACAUCUUAAAUCGACGGUUCAACUGAUUGACGAAACGCUGCUCGAUCACCGCAAGCUAGUCGCCAGGACCCAAACACGGAGAGGAAAGGGACCAAGAAUUGGAGAAGGGGCGAAAGAUGAGGACGAGGCAACCGUCGACGUCGAGGUUUUUGACGACACCGACUUUUACCAGCAGUUGCUGCGGGAUGUUAUUGACUCACGCAGCAACGGAGUCGCUGGAACGGAUGACUGGAUGGCCAUCCAACGACAAAAGAAGGCCAAGAAAAAGGUUGACACUAAGGCUAGUAAAGGUCGAAAGAUCCGGUAUGAGACGCAUGAAAAGUUGCAGAAUUUCAUGGUUCCCGUGCCAUUGACUGGAAUGUGGCACGAAGAACAGAUUGACGAGUUGUUCUCGUCGUUGUUGGGACGAGGGUUUGAAGAGACGCUUGGAAAGGAAGUUGAACCAAUGGUGGAUGAUGUACUCAGUAGUGGAUUCAAGUCUCCCUUGUCCAGAAUGAACGCAUUCGAGGACGACAUGAAUCCCUUUCACGACACAGAUUCUAAUAAGACUCCGUCUUCACCCACGCAUCUAGACCUUUCCAGCUCCCCCCGCCAACUCUCUCCGACUACACCCACAAAUCCAUUUCCCUCACCAGGAACGCACAGACAACCUCCUGCAACCUUCAAAAGCGACUUUUGCUGUACCAGAGACCGAGUUUUACACUCCGGAGACGACAUUGAGAUACUGAUUACCGAUGCUCAGAAAACGUCAGUCAACUCAACCUCUCCUUACAUUGUUUAUGUGAUUCAGACUGGUGAUGCUGAAGCCCGUCACCGUUAUUCCGAAUUCGAGUCUCUCCGGUUAAAUCUAGUCAAACUUUACCCCACUCUCAUCAUUCCGCCCAUACCCUCCAAGCAAACCAUCGGAGAUUAUGCUGUCAAACAGGCAAAAGCGAAGGAGGACAUUGCCCUGAUUGCCCGGCGCAAGCGUAUGCUCCAAACGUUCUUGAAUCGCAUCGCAAGACACCCUAUCAUUUCUAAUGACCACGUAUUCCACCGAUUUCUCGACGGCGAGGUCUCUUGGAAUGAAGUCCUCAACUCCCCUCCGAUCUCCCUCCUGCCAAAGAACAUUCUCAAGGCUCCCUCACACAACCCCACCGACCAGAACGCGUCACCAGCUUACGCGGCUUUACCCAAUCCAUCCGCAGCACAUCCUCUAAGACACCCAGAUCAACGCUUCAUGGACUCUGAAGCAUUCACACUCAAAUUCGCCAAUCACGUGAGCGGGCCAAUGGAGAAGGUUUCGCGAAGGACAUUAAAGCGAUGGGCGGACCAGGCGCAAGAUCAUGCUGACCUUGGUGCGGCUUUAAACGCAUUCAGCUUGCAUGAGAGUGGUGAACUCUCCGGUGCGAUAGAAAAGACGGGUCAGGCCAUUGACGCCACUUAUAUGUCAACAACCAAACUUCUUCAGGAGUUGGAGCAGAACUGGGCUGAGCCGUUGCACGAGUACACUCAAUUCGCCUCUAUCAUUAAGAAGCUUCUAGCCUAUCGGCACCAGAAACACGUUCAGUAUGAAAUGACUCAAGAUUCUCUGGAAACCAAAAAAGAGCAGUUGGAAGAGUUGGAAAAAAGCGAGCGCGAAGCUCGGCGUUUGGAGCAGGCACUUGGUCGUGGACGUUUGUCUAGUGAUCCUCUACAACAAGACAACCAAGAUGCAGAGCAAGAACAAGCGCAAACACAAUCUGCAUACCUUCCUCCGCAUCCAGGCCCAAAUCCCUCUCGAAGACGAGCACCAGGCAUGGGAUUACUUAAUGCCAUCAGCUAUACGUUGCAUGGUAUGAUGGAUGUUGAUCCUGAAACAGCACGAAGGAAUGGUAUAACCAAGUCGCGUGAGAAUAUAUCCCAGUUGGAGGAUGCUCUCCAUCUCGCCGCACAAGACUUGAAAUAUUCGAGCUCUACCAUCCAAGCCGACCUAGAUCGUUUUCAGCGGCAGAAAGUGGCUGAUCUUCGUGAGAUGGCCAUAAGCAUGGCUCGUUCUCACCGAGAUUGGUGCAAAAAAAACCUGGAAGCUUGGGAGGAGGCAAAGGUACAGAUUGACAAGAUACCCAACCACCCAAAUCAGGCGCCGUCACAAGAGCCAGCUACUCCUGCCCCUCGCCGUGAUUCGACAGCUACUGUGAAUGGGCGUUGA